AUGGCAUGUCGCACACUGGCGAAAAACGGUCCUCCGUUAUUACAAGCGAUUAUUCAUACUCGAUCCGCUGAACGCACAACAAGAGAUCUACCACCACUUCCGAAAGUUUUACCCACUGGUUUACCAUUAUCAAAUGAAUUACCAGAAGUGAAAAUGAUUCCGGAUACCCCAACGAAUUUAAACCAAUAUCCUAAUAUGAGUAGACGAAUGCUUGAAUGCCGUGGAGUUGAAACAAUUCAUAAUAAACUUAUUCAUAAGCAGUAUGGAAUUAUGGCAUUGGCUCCAGGUUUAAUGACAGAAAGUCAUUUUAACACAAUGCGAAAUAUGACCAAUAAACGUAUAGAUAUGACACGUUGUUUUGCUAUUUGGCGUGUUGAUCCUCCUUGGAAACCAUGGUAUUUUCAUGGUUUAAAUAAAAAGCGUGGCACAGGCAAAGGAAGCAUUGAUUUUUUUGUGACGCCCGUUAAAAUAAAUCGUAUCAUCAUUGAAGUAGGUGGCACAAUACCAUUCGAACAAUUAUAUCGAACACUACUACCUAUUGCCGAAUCGUUACCAUUUCCAGCUAUACCGGUUUCACAAGAACUACUUGAUAAAUUUGAAAAAGAAAGAAAUGAAAUUGAAGAAAAAAAUUUAAAUCCAUUGAGAUGGGAAUAUCUCAUUAGAAACAAUGUUUUAAAAUGUCAUCGAACUGCAUCUAUGUAUGAUAUUGAAUUUGCCAGAUUUGGACCCAAGAUUAGAUAA